AAUUUGACUCCUGUGGCAGUAACUGAGAGAGGAGAGCGAGCAGGAGUCCGCUGCUGCCACCUCAACAUGGAGUAACGAGAGCCCAGCGCUUACUGCUAAGGAGCGGAUCCCAGAGAGAGGAGUACCCGGCGGCCUCUGCUGUAAUUUAUCCCCCGAAGUCCCCGCAAAUGAUUCAGCGGACACUUUUUGCGAAGGAAAGCUCGGCUUUUAUUUGAAAGAUGGCGAACGACUCUCCAGCUAAAAGUCUAGUAGACAUAGACUUGGCUUCAUUGCGGGAUCCAGCUGGGAUAUUUGAGCUGGUGGAGGUAGUUGGAAAUGGCACCUAUGGACAAGUAUACAAGGGACGACAUGUCAAGACUGGACAGCUGGCUGCCAUCAAGGUCAUGGACGUCACAGAGGAUGAAGAAGAGGAAAUUAAACUGGAGAUCAAUAUGCUGAAGAAGUAUUCCCACCACAGAAACAUAGCCACCUACUAUGGUGCUUUCAUUAAGAAGAGCCCUCCGGGACACGAUGACCAGCUAUGGCUGGUGAUGGAGUUCUGUGGUGCUGGUUCGAUCACAGACCUAGUGAAGAACACAAAGGGGAACCAGCUGAAGGAAGACUGGAUUGCCUACAUCUCCAGAGAGAUCCUCAGAGGUCUCGCCCACUUACACGCCCACCACGUCAUCCACCGUGACAUCAAAGGCCAGAACGUCUUAUUGACGGAGAAUGCUGAAGUUAAACUAGUGGAUUUUGGCGUGAGUGCUCAGCUGGAUCGGACAGUUGGAAGGAGAAACACCUUCAUUGGAACACCUUACUGGAUGGCCCCAGAAGUCAUCGCUUGUGACGAGAACCCAGAUGCAACAUAUGAUUACCGAAGUGAUCUGUGGUCCUGCGGUAUCACGGCUAUUGAAAUGGCUGAAGGAGCUCCCCCUCUUUGCGACAUGCACCCCAUGCGUGCACUCUUCCUCAUUCCAAGAAAUCCUCCUCCUCGGCUGAAAUCUAAAAAAUGGUCCAAAAAGUUCUUCAGUUUCAUCGAGAGCUGCCUCGUGAAGAAUUACACGCAGCGCCCACCAACAGAGCAGCUGCUGAAGCACCCCUUCAUCCGAGACCAGCCCAACGAGCGGCAGGUCCGCAUACAGCUCAAAGACCACAUCGACCGGACGAAGAAAAAGAGGGGCGAGAAAGAUGAGACGGAGUAUGAGUACAGUGGCAGUGAGGAGGAGGAAGAGGAUCCUCCUGAGCAAGAAGGAGAGCCCAGCUCAAUUGUCAACGUGCCAGGUGAAUCGACUCUACGGCGUGACUUCAUCCGCCUGCAGCAGGAGAACAAGGAGAGGUCGGAGGCGCUCCGUCACCAGCAGCUCCUCCAGGAGCAGCAACUCCGGGAGCAAGAGGAGUACAAGCGGCAACUAUUGGCAGAGAGGCAGAAACGUAUCGAGCAACAGAAGGAGCAGAGAAGGCGGUUAGAGGAGCAACAGCGACGCGAACGGGAGAUGAGGAGGCAACAGGAGCGCGAGCAGCGUCGUCGCGAGCAAGAAGAAAAGAGGCGCAUGGAGGAGAUGGAUCGUAGACGUAAAGAGGAGGAGGAACGCCGGCAGGACGAGAAGAGGAGGAACGAUCGUGAGCAGGAGUACAUCAGGCGCCAGCUGGAAGAGGAGCAGAGACAUCUCGAGAUGCUGCAGGAGCAGCUGCUCCGUGAACAGGCCAUGCUGCUGGAGUUCAAGUGGCGGGAGCUCGAGGAGCAGCGCAAAGCCGAGCGUCUCCACAAGCGCCUGCAGCAGGAGCAGGCGUACCUGCUGUCCCUGCAGCACGACUCCAAGCAGCAACCUGGCGACAAAACAAAACUCCCAUCAGACCAUAGUAAGCCUCCACAGGCUGCCACUCUACCCCCUGACAGAGCCCUCGCCACACUCCCACAAGCUCAGGCCGACGAGCGCUACCGUAAGAACAUUCAGGGCUCCCCUCAGGCCGCCCCUCCUCCCAAGCAGCCCCCUCUGCCUCCUCGUUCCUCUGAACCGUUCUCCAACGGCGGCUCCUCCUCCGAAGCAUCUGCCAUGCACCGACCCAUGGAGCCUCAGGUCCAGUGGUCUCACCUGGCUGCUCUAAAGAGCAGCAACAGCGCUGCCCCCUCUCCUCCUCCUCCGCCCGUGGUUGCCCGCUCUCAGUCCUUCAGCGAGUCCGGCGGCGUGGCCUCUAGUUUUGCACAACUCCACCUGCGCUCCCAGGACCCCCACCAUCACCACCACCACCCAUCGCCUGCACGCAUAGAUCCCCAACCCCAACCUCCCCUCCACCACCCUCAGGCUAGGCUUGAACAUCAGGCCAGCAGCGAGGAGGUCCCUCCCAAGGUACCGGUGAGGACAACAUCCAGGUCUCCUGUGCUGUCACGUAGAGAGUCCCCUCUGCCUUCACAGCCCAGCAACCAGGGCGGACAGAGGAACGUGGGCAGUAACGUGGAGCAGCGUCCGCUGUGGGAUCGAGUGGAGAAGCUGCAGUCCCGGCCAGGCAGCGGCAGCUCGUCUGGCUCCUCCAACUCCAGCUCCCAGGCCAGUCCUGGGGACCGUUUCAGGCCACGCUCUUCGUCCAAAUCUGAAGGAUCGCCUCUCCAGCGGCCUGAAAACGUUUCCAAGAAACAGGAUGAAAAGAACGUCGCCAGGCCCACUCGACCAGCUGACCUGACAGCGCUCGCCAAGGAGCUGCGUGCAGUCGACGAUGUGCGGCCUCCUCACAAGGUCACAGAUUACUCCUCCUCAAGUGACGAGUCGGGCACAACCGACGAGGAGGACGAGGAAGAGGUGGAUCAGGAGGCAGGAGAAGAGUCCACCUCAGGGGCAGAGGACUCCAAAGCUGGAUAUCCCCAUGGCUUCCGCAGGAGAGUGAGUAACGGAGAGACGGAGUCUGCUAAAACCAUGCUGGUCGAAGACUCUGAAAGCGAACAGGCAACCACACCCUCCAAGGAUGGCACACUGGUCAUCAGACAGAGCACAGCUGACAUAAAGCGGUUGGUCACUCUCUCAUCUUCCUCCCCUUCCUCGGCUGGCCACGGCCAACCCCAGCCCCCCGGUCGCGGCCCGCUAGAGAAAAACGGCUUUCCGGGCCGCAUACAUCACCUACCAGACCUUAUCCAGCAGAGCCAUCACUCCACUUCCUCUUCCACAACCAUCCCUUCCUUCUCCUCCUCCUCCUCCUCCUCUUCCACAACCACUACCUCUUCCUCCUUACCCUCAUCAUCUAGCCAUGCCAGUCCUGCAGUAUCCCCACAGAUCUCUUUGGACGAGCUCACUGCCAUAGAGUCGCAGUCGGAGAGCAACUCCAUGUCCAAACACAAGUCUUCCUCCUCGUUCACUCCCUUCAUCGACCCGCGUCUGCUGCAGAUAUCUCCAUCCAGCGGGAGCUCCCUCAACAACAUGGCUGGAUUUGGGCAAGACGGGCGCCUGUCAGAUCAGCUGCGGUCCGACCCGUCCCGUAAAGGCUCAGUGGUUAACGUCAACCCGGUCAACACUCGUCCACCGAGCGACACUCCGGAGAUUCGCAAGUACAAGAAGAGGUUCAACUCUGAGAUCCUGUGCGCGGCACUCUGGGGAGUAAAUCUACUGGUGGGAACAGAGAGUGGUCUGAUGCUGCUGGACCGAAGCGGUCAGGGUAAGGUCUACCCUCUGAUCAACCGGCGACGCAUCCAGCAGAUGGAUGUCCUAGAGGGACUCAACGUCCUGGUGACCAUAUCAGGCAAAAAGAACAAGCUGCGAGUGUAUUACCUGUCAUGGCUUCGAAACAAGAUUUUGCACAAUGACCCUGAGGUGGAGAAGAAGCAGGGGUGGGUCAAUGUGGGCGACCUGGAGGGCUGUGUCCACUACAAAGUUGUGAAGUACGAGAGAAUUAAAUUCUUGGUGCUGGCUUUGAAGAACUCUGUGGAGGUCUACGCAUGGGCGCCCAAACCUUAUCACAAGUUCAUGGCCUUUAAGUCUUUUGGUGACCUGGUGCACAAACCUCUGCUGGUUGACUUGACGGUGGAGGAAGGUCAGAGGUUAAAGGUCAUCUACGGUUCCUGUUCAGGCUUCCAUGCUGUGGAUGUGGACUCUGGUGCCGUCUACGACAUCUACCUGCCCACACAUAUCCAAACCAAUAUUCAGUGCCACGCCAUCAUCAUCUUGCCCAACACUGAUGGGAUUGAGCUGCUGGUGUGUUACGAGGACGAAGGCGUCUACGUCAACACCUACGGACGCAUCACCAAGGAUGUGGUGCUGCAGUGGGGAGAAAUGCCAACUUCAGUGGCCUACAUUAGGUCAAACCAGAUCAUGGGCUGGGGUGAGAAGGCUAUAGAGAUCCGCUCAGUGGAGACGGGCCACCUUGACGGAGUCUUCAUGCACAAGAGAGCCCAGAGACUCAAGUUCCUUUGUGAGAGGAAUGACAAGGUCUUCUUUGCCUCUGUGCGCCCCGGAGGUGCCAGCCAAGUAUAUUUCAUGACCCUGGGACGCACAUCCCUCAUGAGCUGGUAGAGACGUGCCGCGCCGUCAGCCGAUAUGACAACCAUUACCUAAGCAGCGACCAACAGAUGACUAUUGCAACUACGACCGACGAAGACGUUUUAAAGCCCAAGCUGGAGAAGCAUUUUCUGAGGAGGCGGCUUCCAUUUCUCAUGUCCUCGGGCAGCCAAACAACGGAUUAGACUGUAAUCAUGAACAGAAGCUAGGGAUGGAUAUGUAUUUAGAGGGGCCUGCAGGUUUUUCCUCCCCCCGCCAACCCCGGCCUUGUUGCCUGACCUUCGAGCCGAUCCCCAUUCUCCUCCUCUCCCUCUGAGGGACGUGGGAUCUGUUGCCUGUUGACGGUAUAUCUUUAUGUCAUAGUAAAACUUUGCAUCUUGUAAGUGUAUGACAAAAUGUGUUUGUCUAGGGGGAGGGGGCAGAACGACAGAACGCUAAACACAGCUGUCACCGUAUCAGAGAAGACUGUGUGUUUGUGUGUGUGUGUGUGUUGCCACAGCUUGAAGUGUAGCUGUGUUUAAUCCCGGUCCUGUCAGGUGUGUGACUACAACACUACGACUACACUUAGUUCCACAGAUUGAACGGUGCUUGACAUGUAAAUCUUCUUUGUCUUCACUUUUUUUUUUUUCUCUCCCUUAACCUCCUGAAAGUGAAGAUUUUUUUUUUUUUUUUUUUUUUAAGGGACCUCCUUGACGCAUCCAUUAAAUACAGGGUACUGGAUAUGUUGGAGUUUGUGCAUACUAACGUCAGACUCGCGCAGGUUUUUCAAGAACAGCUUUAUCACACCUCUUGUGCUGUAGCUCAUGUUGGACAAAAGUAGCCCUUUUUUUUAUGACAGCAUGUUGCUUUGGUGUUAUUAACUAAGGUAGUCCCAGUUUUUGUUUUUAAACACACUGUAUAUUUUAUAUGUGACUUGCUGCGCAUAAAUAAAGAAUGCAGAAAUACACACAAAAAUGAGUUUUAAAGGAAGAAUCCACUAUUUAUCAUCAAGAGCCUGACAUUUUUUUUUUUUUUUUUUUUUUUUUUUUUUUUUUUUUUCUUCAGGGGCUUUUAUUUUGUAAUGAAAUCUUGGCUUUUCCUUUUAAUCUGUGUCUCCUUUGCAGAACCUGUCGUUCUACUGGAAAUAUAGAAACACACACACACCGACAAAAUAGACCCAGAAAUGUGAGGUUCAAUACAAAUAGUUGUUUUGUUUGUGUUUUUUAAGGUGGAUUUUUCCUUUAAGAUCAGUUUUAAGUAGGGCUAGCAUAAACUGUGAAUUAGCAGGUUGCCAUUAAGGUAGCAUGGAGGCCAGUGGGCAGAAUGAGGGCAGCAUGUAUAGAUCUCACUUAGAGGAAAGGGAGGAGGGUCAGCUGAUUGUCCUCCACCUGCACUGUUGUGACAUUUUCACAUCUACAAUCAUCUGCGUUCUGAAGGAGACUUCAACUUAAUGUUGCCUUAGAGGAGUUUCCAGCAAUUUAAACAAAAAAACUAAACAAAAAAAAACUAAAAUCCACUACUUCAUAAGUGAAGACAUUUAGAUUUUAGGGUAGGAACACUUUAGUCUGAAGCAGCCGUGUGACUCAAUGUUGGACCUCCUUUAUUUUUAUGUUCCUUCUUUUUUUCUUGAUGCCUUCAGACAUGCCACAUCCAAUCUGGAUUAAAGAGACGCGCUACUUUAACAGAGCUCCCUUAAAAUAAUUUUUAUUUCGUGCUCUUUCUUCCCGUGUCAUCCUCGGAAACCCGAAUGACAAGGCGAGACUCGUUUGUCACUUCACAUGAGACAGUCUCAUCCCGCCGCUGAGUGUAGAGUCCAUCCUGCAGCUGUGCUUCUGUGUGAAUGACAGAGCUUCAUAAUAGGACUCUUUAAAGGGCGGUGCCUUCGCUGUCUUUAGGGGGAAGACCCGCUGUGAGGCGCAGAAGUCGCUUUCACAGUCUUGUCGUUUGUGUAGAAAGAAAGAAGGCAAAAACAUGAAUGAAUCACAUGUUCUGAUAGCAGUGUCACAAAACCGCUCCAGACAGCCAAAACCAUGUGGCAUACUUUUGUGUUUUUAAACUCUGUCUUAGUUUUUAUUAGUGUUGUUUCCAAUCAUGUGUAACCCUUCAGAUAAAUAUGCAGUGGUUUUAUUUUAAAUGCACACCUUUAUGUUCAAAAUGUUUACAGAAGCAGUUGUUUUGUUAAACCAAUGUGCAUCGAUAUGAAUAUUUAUGGUUUCUCCCCCUCCACCGCUCCUCUUUUGUAUUUUGUAUUAUCCCUUUUUUUUGUACUUUCAUUUAGAUGUUUGUGUACAGGAUUAAUCAACUUUUGCUCACUUUAUGAAUAACCCAAGCCCAGAGUGUCAAUUUCACUGAUUUCCUUUACAUCCUCCUUAGUGCACUGUGUGUGAGUGUGCACGCUCCUGGCUGUGUGGCAGCACGGAUCUAAUGUUUUCUACCUGCCAGGUGACAUGUCCCCCCUCGGAUGUCUCUCUACCAUGCCUCUAAUUUAUGUCCUCUGUGUGUACUAUGGGAAUUACUGUAUUUUCUUGAAGGUCUUUUUUUUUUUUUUUUUUCUUUCAUUGAAUAAAAUCAAAAGGAAUUUACA